AUGAAUAUCGUACAGUGGUAUGGGAUUGCGCUAGCAGCUCUUGCUGCCAUUGUGGUGGUCGCUUCACAUCUACGUCCUCUUCUGCCAUUUUGGCUGCUGCGACAUGUUUUGUAUCCCCGUUUACAUCCACUGAUUAGUGGUACAGGCGAUUAUACACGAUUCGGAGCCAUUGUUCUGGGAGUUUUUGUCACUGGGAACGUCCUCUGUGGCGGCAUAGGCAUUGAGACGUCUUCAGACUUGGUGAAGCGAACAGGUCAACUCUUCAUAAUGAACUCUAUCCCUCUAUUUCUUGGUGGUAAGAUUGGGCCUCUUGUUAACAUUUUGCACAUCCAAUACGAAGACUUUGCGAGAGCACACCGCUGGCUCGGGCGAGUCGCAGCUGUACAUGCAGUCGUGCAUGUUACUGUUGCUGCUUCUGCGAAACACGAAUUCCGCAGCCUGACACAGCUUGCAGGUCUUAUAGUAGGUCGUCCUCUAGUCACUGAAGUCACCUCAGCUCACCAGACUAACCAGGCUGCGUCAUCGCUGUGCACCAUUCUUUUGCUCUCAGUAGGAGUGGUGUGGAGGCUCAAGUAUGAGCUUUUUGCAAAGCUGCAUGUCGCGCUUGCUGUGCUCACAGUCAUCACUACCUGGCUGCAUAUUGCGUCUGGCUCGAUCUUCUACCCACCUGAAGUAUACAUGCUUGCUGCAUGCUGCACGUACGACGCCAGCUUCUUCAACUCAAGUAGUAUUGUUGGAGCUCAAGCUGCCUCGCCCGUGCAACUUUCGGUCCGUUGGGAUGAGGACCGACUUUUUUUGCUAGUCGAGACGAAAAUCGGCUUUACUGCGAGUCUGUUUACUGAAAACACCCCAUUGCUGCAAGAGCGCGGGACUGGUAAGGAUAAAGAAGCAGCCGUGAGAGCGAUAGUGGAGGGUCCGUUUGGCAAAUCGAUGGAUCUUCAGUCGUACUCCACCAUCGCUCUGUUUGCCACAGGCAUAGGGAUUGUCACACAUCUUUCAUACUUACGGAAGUGGCUCAAGGACCUUCAAGGCUCUUUCAAAGUCAUUACUCAAAGCAUCACUCUGUUUUGGGAGGUUGAGGCCGAAGCACAUAUAUACUGGGUGAGAGAUGACAUGGAUGGGCUCUUGGAAAUGGAUGUAAAGCACAUGCUCAGGAUCCAUGUUUUUGUAAAAGGCGAAUACAUCUCGCCGAACCGAAGAAGAGGUGACACUGUGACCUCAGAUAAGGUCAAUCUAGCAAUGCCAAAUCGCAUUUUCAUCCACUUUGAUUCUAUCAACGCAAAAAAUGAAAUCAAUAAUCUACUCCAAAAGUCCGAUCGUAGAACCGCAAACUCCGAUGGGAGGACUGCCAUUGCUGUUUGCUCGGACAGUCUCACUACCGCUAUCAUUCGACGUGAGGUUUGUCGUACAGUAAGGAAGGACAUAAUACUGAAAGUCCUCGACAUUGUUCCAGUACGAGGCCAAACAUACGGGACACCUUUUCAUGAUUUGUUUACGUCUGGCUGGAAAAGGAUAAAAUCCAAAUGGUCACAAUCGUCACCAAAAGGAGAAAACGUUUAG